ACUUGCCAUGCAUUCUUGUCUGUUAAGUAGAAUGGAUAUGCAUAGUUUUGGAAUUAUCUUUUGUUUGCAAAUCUUUUACGUUAAUGGAUGGCAGUGUCCGACCAAUCAAGUCAAUCGGAGCUCUUAUAUAAAAACUGGGGAACAGGCAGUCAUAGGUUUUCAGACAACUUUGAGAAAUUAUCAUCGGACGCUGGUGUAUAGUGUGACAAACCACAAGGGAGACAAUCUUUAUGCUGCAACUUUCUACAAAAAUGUUUUCAAGAGUGAAAAUGUAUAUUUAGGCUCAGAAUUUAUUGGCAAUGCUGGUAUAGGGAAUUUUACAAUAAAGACUGCUGCUGUAAAACAAGAUGAUGGUGGAAUGUAUUUACUUCAAUAUAAAGAAGGAACAGGAGUUUUGUCUACUUUGGAGUGCUUGAAACUAUAUAUUUUAGGAAAGCCAAAAAAAGCAACAAUAACUCAAGACAACAAUAACAUUCUUGGAAGAGACAGCAGAUUGACUUGCAACAGUUUAUCAACAACAUACCCAACAAAUCAUACACUAAACCUUGUCUACAACUGGAAAGUAAAUAAUGUCACCAAUCCUUCUAACAGUAACAAGUAUGUUUAUUCUACAUCAAGAAAUCAGUUGACUAUAAAGGCUGUAAGUAAAGAAGAUGCUAACACACGCUUUACGUGUAGUGCUUCAGAAUCUGGAAGCUCUAUUACUGGGUUGUCUUCUUAUGAAAGUGAUCUGCUGACGUUCCAAGUUAUAUAUGGUCCAGAUGCAGACACUACAAGACUGAGCCCACCAAAUACACAAUACACCCUAAAUGAAGGUGUUACAUUGCCUGAUAUAACAUGUAGUGGUGAAUGUUACCCACGUUGUAAUUAUGAAUGGUUAAAGUCAGGUACAACAGUAAACAACCGUGCCGUGCUAUCCCUUGGUCAAUUAUUCAAAACAGAUGCUAGCAUAUAUACAUGUGAAGUUACAAAUUCCAAUUCAACAACAAUCAGUGAAAUAAGGAAACAAGUUACAGUAAAUGUAAUUUAUGGUCCAGAUGCCAGUACAACAAGCCUUACACCUACUACUACAUCUUACACUAGUAAUGAAGGAUCAUCUCUUGAUACUAUACGCUGUUCUGGUAAUUGUUAUCCUGCCUGUAAUUAUAAAUGGACUAAAACAGGAAACAAUAGAUUUACACCUGUCAAUAAUGGCAAUUUAUCACUUGGUUCCCUUCAACGAGAUGAAGCUGGUACCUAUACCUGUACUGUUAUUAAUCCUACAAGUAAACGAGAACAAACAAAAACUGUAUCCAUCUAUGUUAUAUUUGGUCCUGAUGCCAGUACAACAAGCCUUACACCUAGUACUACAUCUUACACUCGUAAUGAAGAAUCAUCUCUUGAUACUAUACGUUGUUCUGGUGAUUGUUACCCUACCUGUAAUUAUAAAUGGACUAAAACGGGAAACAUAAGAUUUACACCUGUCAAUAAUGGCAAUUUAUCACUUGGUUCCCUUCAACGAGAUGAAGCUGGUACCUAUACCUGUACCGUUAGUAAUCCUACAAGUAAACAAGAACAAACAAAAACUGUAUCCAUCUAUGUUAUAUAUGGUCCUGAUGCAGAUUCUUUGAAAUUAAAUCCAUCCCAAUCAUCAUACACAGAAAACAAGGGGACAUCACUCAAUGACAUCACGUGUUCAGCUGCUUGCUAUCCUAAUUGUAUUUACACAUGGACAAAGUUUGGUUCCCAGUUCAUUGAGAGUGACAUAUUAUCUCUUGGUACUUUGGACAAGGAUAAAGCAGCUACUUACACAUGUACAGCUUACAACCCAACAACAAAACAUAAUAUAUCUACAAGUGUUAUUGUACAUGUUAGAUUUGGACCUACAGAAUGUAGAUUGAAUGUAACUUCUCAAUACAACUUAACAGAAGGAAGAUCCUCAUCGGAAAUGACUUGUCAAGCAGAAUGUUACCCUGAGUGUACAUAUUUAUGGACUAAUAUGUCUUCAAGCAGUUCAGUUGGUACAAAUGGAAAAUUUCAGCUGAUUAAUUCAAAAAGAUAUGAAGCUGGGACGUACAAAUGUCUUUGUGAAAAUAAACCUUUAGUCAAAAGACAGUCAUCAUUUGUGGUCAUUACAAUUCAUUACCCACCUGAUGUAACCGUGUUGCAGUCAACAACAAAUAUAACAGAAGGUAACAAUUUAACACUGACUUGUGAUGCAAAGGGAGUUCCAUCAGUCUAUCGGUAUAACAGUUUAACUCAAACGUGGAAUGGAGUUCCUAUACCUAACACAAACUCAGAGAAAAUUGGCAAACCAAAAUAUAGUUCACUUUAUAUACCAUCACUACAACUUCAAGACUCUGGUACUUACAGCUGUUUUGUUAACAAUGGAGUAAAUGCAACUGACUCUACUUCAUCUGUUAAAAUCAAAGUUAAAGGAUUUCCUAAAGUUCUCACAGGGCUCCUUACUUUCAUCGGAAAAACUGGUGACGAAACAAAUGUUAGUAUUCAGUUCUACAGUUUUCCGGAAAUACAGGAUGUGAUUUUCAAAAGUUCUGAUGACAAGGUAAUGAAAAAUGACACAACAAAGAAACAUAUAGUAUCACAUCAUGAGACCGUGGUGAAAGACAAGUUCUAUGGAAAAGAGUCAGUAUCGGCAGGCAGCAUUACGUUUCGUGUUAAGUUCUGA